CUUAACGUUAGAAAUAAUUAUUUAUUUCGAUUAAUUUUUUCGACUGAUUUGUUUGUCAAUGCGUUACAUUGUUUUGUUCGAUAUAUAUAUAUUUACUUAUAUAUGGAAAGAAAAUUUUGGUGAAGAAUAAGACGAAGAAAAAGUAACAUCAUGCCGUUAGGUAAACAAUCUGCUGUAUAUUCCGAAGAGUUUCUCGUCAUGGAUGACAAUUUCAAUUUAUCAGUAUCAUCGAUAUCUCAAUCGGGUAAAAACUCGGAAGUAUCAGAAUCCUUUAUCAAUAAUGAACCUGUUUACGUUCUGCCACGUCUUAUGGCAAUGGCAUUCGCGUGCGUCUUGGACGAAGCAGCCAAAAAACUAUCUCUCAUCCUCAAUUUCGAUGGCAUUCCAAAAAUCGAGAGUAAUAAAACCGCCGACGAAGUAACAGAAGGCGAAGAAGUGGUAUUCGACCACAAAACAUUGAAACCUAUCCAAGAAAUGCUGGAAUACGAAAAGAUAAUAAAAUUCCAAAGAGACGUGUAUUUCGUUAAAAAAACUUUAGACGAAACGACGAAAAGUCUGUUAGAAACCAACAGCUUCGACUACCUGGUGACCGAAGUAAGCGAGUACAAACAUAAACGCGACGAAAGAAACGAUCUCCUGAAGGAAUUGGAACAAUACAAACAGGAAAUUGCCGAGUUCAAAAGGAAGUCUGAGGAAGAGACUCGUUUGUCGGUUGUCGAUUUUCAAAACUUAAGAAGGGAAGCCAUGAAAAUUGGAGAGGAAAUUAUGCAAGACACGCUUACCAAAAAUGCAAAAAUGAGAUACGUAUCGAAAUGGCAAGCUUCCCGGCAGGAACUGAACUAUACGAUUUUAAUUAACGAUGAAACAAAACUUCGUAAUAUUAUCAAUACUAUGGAAAGAGAAAUGGAGAGAGAAAAUCGGGUACAUGACGAGAUUGAAAAAUUUAUAAACGAACAGCAGAAGGAAUAUGAAGAGCAGAUUGACGAAUGGAUUCGCCGGUAUGACACAGAAAUGGAACAAUUAGACCUAGACAUUUCUGUAACUAACGAAAAAAUAGAAGAUCAAGAGAAAAAGAAUGCGGAAAUAAAGAAUAAGUAUGAGGAACGGCAAAGAUUUAUUGAAGAAUGGUUAGAAUACAGAGAAAAGAAAAGAUUAGAAAGGGAAAGGUACGAAAGGAUUUUCGAAGCUGCUAUGACAAUACAGUGCUGGUGGAGGACAGUUAUGAUCAAAAAGAAGCUUGGUCCCUACGGGAAGAAGAAAAAGGGUAAAGGUAAAAAGAAAUAGACAUUUGGGGAUGCACGUGUAGGUACGCAUAUUAGCGGUGGUCUUUCUAUGUGUAGUAAGUGUAGAUAUAUUUUA